GAGUGGGCGGCCGGAAAGCGGCUAUGGAGUUUGACAGGUUUUUACCGCCCUCAGUUUUAGGUUUCAGCCUAGCAUUCUGAGCCGAAGGAAUUUUCACCUCUUACUCUGCUCCACGCCCUGGGCGUCGCUCCCUGUUGGCCCGCUGGUGCAGCCGGAGUCCGCUGGAGAGGCACGGCCGGGAUGGAGAGUCCGAGCCUGGGAGUCAUUGGAGCUGCUCCCUCCGUCACCGCUAGUGAGAGCCAAGCCCCAGACCGGCCGUGGGACCUCCGGCAAGUCCUUGUCCGCUUCCGGGUCUCAGUUUCACCACCUGUAACGUGGGAGCGGGGGAGUAGAGCAAGGAAAAUGUUCCGGGAUCAGAAAGAGUAGAAGAUGAAAAACAAAUGGUGAUAAGCAGCAGCAGUGAGUGCAAUCCCCUGCUGCAAGAACCCAUCGCCUCUGCUCAGUGUGGUGGUGCUGAAAUGACAGAAUGCCAUAAGUCUGUCCCAUGUGGAUGGGAAAGAGUUGUGAAGCAAAGGUUAUCUGGAAAAACAGCCGGAAGAUAUGAUGUAUAUUUUAUCAGCCCACAAGGACUGAAGUUCAGAUCCAAAAGUUCACUUGCUAAUUAUCUUCACAAAAAUGAAGAGACGUCUCUUAAACCAGACGACUUUGAUUUUACUGUACUGUCUAAAAGAGGCAUCAAGUCAAAAUAUAAAGACUGCAGUACGGCAGCUCUGACAUCCCAACUGCAAAAUGAAAGCAGCAUUUCAAACCGGAACCUCAGGACAAGAAGCAGGUGGAAAAAGGAUGUGUUUCCUCUGCCAGGUGGUAGUUUGGAAUCCCAAGAUAGCAGGGAACUAUCUAACUCCACUGCCAUGCAUUUGCUUUUGAAAGAAGGUGACGGUGUUACUGAUGUUGACUCCAGAAAGGUUAGGAAGUCCAAAGGGAAGAUGACUACUUUGAAAGGAAUUCAAAUUAAGAAAACUAAAACAGGGUGCCUGAAGAGUUUUCCAGAUCCUGUUCAAAGUAAGAGAAAAAGAGAAUCUGUGCAUAAUAAGGCAGAAGCUGAAAGUGAACCUGUUGCACAAGAAAGUCAGCUUGAUAGAACUUUAUGCAUUUCUGAUUCCAGAGCAAGCAACAGGACCAUCAAUAUGACCAAGGAAGAAACGAGACUUGUAAAAGAAAAAUCAUUGAGUUCGGGAUCAAAUUUUAGUUUUGAACAAAUAACUUCUGGCAUCAUAAACAAAUUAUGUUCGACCAAAGAAGCAGAACACAGGUGUGAGAAUACCUUUUUAGAAUCUGAGGAAAUAACAAAAGUAGAAGUUGGGGAAAGGAAGGAACCUUUGCAUGUUGACAGUUUAGAAUGUGGCUCUGAAAUGGACAGCAACUGCUCACAAACUGAGAAAGAUUCCACUUCUGUGAAAAUAUGUCAAGAAGACAUCAUCCCACGGACACAAGUAGAGAAAAGGAAAACAAGCCUAUAUUUUUCCAGCAAAUACAACAAAGAAGCUCUUAGCCCCCCACGUCGCAAAGCCUUUAAGAAGUGGACACCUCCUCGGUCACCUUUUAAUCUUGUCCAGGAAACACUUUUUCACGAUCCAUGGAAGCUCCUCAUCGCGACGAUAUUUCUCAAUCGCACCUCAGGUAAAAUGGCAAUUCCUGUGCUUUGGGAGUUUCUGGAGAAGUAUCCUUCAGCUGAGGUAGCAAGAACUGCAGACUGGAGAGAUGUGUCAGAACUUCUUAAACCUAUUGGUCUCUACGAACUUCGAGCAAAAACCAUUAUCAAGUUCUCAGAUGAGUAUCUGACGAAGCAGUGGAGAUACCCAAUUGAGCUUCAUGGGAUUGGCAAAUACGGCAAUGACUCCUACCGAAUUUUUUGCAUCAAUGAGUGGAAGCAGGUGCACCCUGAAGACCAUAAGUUAAAUAAAUACCAUGACUGGCUUUGGGAAAAUCAUGAAAAAUUAAGUCUGUCUUAAAAACUCUGUGAUGUUUUAAAACUCACUUUUUAUAUAUUGCUUUGACUCUUCAGAGCUCCAUUAAGCCAGCCAACUACGUUUCCAGGUAUACAGGUUUUAAUCGGCCCAACUAGAAACCCAAUUCUUAAUGUGUGUGUCACUGGUAGAUCUUUACUAUUGAACGUGCUAUAACAUGUUUUGAGAUUUCUUUAAAAAAUAAAUUGUGAUUUGACAACAA